CUUGUGUCUGCUACCUUGCACAUCAUGCACCCUCGGCUUUACUGGGCUACUGUCAGGACUCAUGUCAAACUUGGCCAUUGGUCAGCAGAGCAAGCCUUACAUGACAUGCAUUGUUUGCUGAAGCAUUGGGCUUCGAAGCAUUGGGCUUCCAUCUACACUGGUGUUUCCAUUAUGUGCAACUAUCAGUCCCCCAACCACAGAGACCUGAAGUGUCCACCCAAGGCAUUUGACAUAUUGACUUGCAUUGGGAACUACCCACACACUAUCAUGCAGUUGACCAACCUCGGAAUUGAGCUAGCAUAUAACACAGGUGUCAUGGUGAGUUAUUCUGGCUGCCUGGUCAGACAUGGCAUUUGCAUUGACAAGGGAGAUCAGAUGGUAUGA